CAUGGCAUUUGAGAGCUAGACUUAGUCAAGGCUUUGAAGUUGCUUUGAUUGUUCUUAAGAAGAAAGUUAUACAUUAUAACUUCAGAAUGAGGAGCAAUUGGUUCUCAAAGCUAUUGAUUCUCUGUUUUUUAUCUUUUGCUUCAGCAAAAAAGUAUCUUGUAGAAACAGCUGGUAAGGAAUUGAUUCAACCUGAGGUGAAAGAAACAGGAGGAUAUCCUUCAUCAGCACCAACUCUUUCACCAGCAGUUCCUUUAGCAGCAGCUCCUUCAGGAGCAACUCCUUCAGCAGCAGUUCCUUUAGUUAAACCAGCAGGGGACGAUUACUCAAUUGAUAUGGAGAGUUCAUACCAGUUGUUAGACAUGCUGAAUAAGAAUGAGGAGGACAGAAGGGAAGCUGGACUUCCUUAUUAUGAUGAUGGUGCUACCGGAGCGGUACAAGAUUUAUUCAUUGAAUCUUCAGGAGCUUCAGGUUAUGAUGAUGAUGCCACAGAUUCCACAGGAGAAACAUCUCAUAGACCAUCUCCAAAAGUUAAUAGAGAUGACUUUGAUGCAUCAGGAGAUGCCUCUGAUAAACCAGAUUGGAUCGGAGAUACACCAUAUAAAUCAUAUGGCAACAAUCUUGAUGAUGAUCUUGAUGCCACUGAAGAAGAAACAGUUAGGGCAUCUGGCAAAAGUCUUAAAGAUGAUACUGGUGCCACUGGAAAUAGAGGUGGUAUUGCAUUGGAUUCUUCUCAAAAGUUAUUAGACUUGAUAAAUAGUGGUAAACACAAUAAAAAUAAAGAAAGAGGCCUUAAAGAUGAUCUUAGUGCCACUGCAAAUACUGAUGCUAUAAAAAAAGGUGCUCAACAGUUUUUAGACUUGAUAAAAAAGGGAAAGGGAGGUAACAAAAAAGGCAAUAAGCCUGAAGAUAAUUUUGACGAUACAAAAGCUGAAGGUCAUAAACUAUCUGGUGGAAUAGAUUUGGAAUCUUCUAAAAAGUUGUUGGACUUAAUAUCUAAGGGUAAAAACAAAAAAAGUGAAACUGAUGCUGUGAAAUCUGAAUAUGGAGAUUAUAGUAUAUAUUAGUAAAUACAUCAUAACUUACCAAUCAA